AUGAAUGAACAGGUGCGGACGAGGGUUGAGAAAGACAUUAUAGUUGUGAUGUACACGGCGGGCGUUAUGGAAGCGGAGGACUACAUGGAUCUCUGGGACCUGAUUUACGAGCUCCCUCAUAUGGCAGACGACUUUGAUGAGUCCGUGUCCGAUGGGUUCCAUGCGGAUGGUGCAUCCCAGCCCGGUGGAUCCGAUAACUCCAAUGAUUCUGGCGAAUCCGGUGGGUCUGGCGAGCGUGAGGAGCCCAAUGGACUUGACGGUUCUAAGGAGUUCGACCAGUUUACUCCGUUUGAUGUGCCGGAAACGUCUGACGAGUUUCAUGGGUCUUAUGAGCCGGACGACUGA